AAAGCAGAGGUGGAAUGGGUUGUGGAAGAAGAUAUACCAGUGUGGGGAGAAAAAAAUGAAGCAACAAACUGCUGAAGGGAGCAGUGGUGAUGCUGUAGCUGAAAGUGGCUGAAGGAGGCUGGUGGCAGGGUGAACAGAAAGCUUCUGAAAAGAAGGCACUGAGAGGUAUUGCCAGGCUUCUGAAGUGGUUGACCAAGACCUAAGGACGUGGAACACUGGUGUGUGAUGUCAAACAGUGGGCAGUCCCUGCAGCCUGCCCUGCCAGCCUGGAGCGUCAUGUGCCAGUAUGAACAGUAAGAGAGAAAAGCGUACUUCUGCAUCUGAGAAAGAAAAGAGGAACUAAACAGCGAGAACAAAUGACUGCACUGCUAGCAAAACUUUGAGCAGUUCACUUUUUCUCCUGAGAAAUUUCAUCUUGGCUGGUGUGAGAGAACUGAAAGAGCAAGCAGAGCCGCAACGGUGAUUUCCUUAGGGUCCCUUUUCUCUGCUUUAAUUUAAUUUUUUCCCCUUCGUGCCUGGAUUUAAGACUGCCAACUGCACUGAUCACAAGCACUGGACACCAAUAUGUGUCAUGUGAUUGUAACGUGUCGGUCGAUGCUAUGGACUCUUCUGAGUAUUGUGGUGGCUUUUGCAGAGCUCAUCGCUUUCAUGAGUGCGGACUGGCUGAUCGGCAAAGCCAAGCCGCUGAGCUCCGAGGACAUGGACAACAGAACAGGAGGAUCACAGGAGCCCUACCAUCCAACGCUGGGCAUCUACGGGCGCUGCACACGAAUCUCCCACAUGCAGCUUUCUAGACGAGACACGCUUUGUGGUCCUUACGCCGAAAACUUCAAUGAGAUUGCCAGUGGGUUCUGGCAGGCGACCGCUAUUUUCCUAGCUAUGGGAAUCCUGAUCCUCUGCGCCGUAGCAUUUGUGUCUGUCUUUACUAUGUGUGUGCAGAGUAUUAUGAAGAAAAGUAUUUUUAAUGUCUGUGGACUGCUACAAGGGAUUGCAGGCCUCUUCCUUAUCUUAGGCUUGAUACUUUACCCUGCAGGUUGGGGAUGCCAGAAAGCAAUAAGCUAUUGUGGACAUUAUGCUUCUGCUUACAAACUAGGAGACUGCUCCUUGGGCUGGGCUUUCUACACUGCUAUUGGUGGCACUAUUCUGACGUUCAUCUGUGCAGUCUUCUCGGCGCAAGCUGAAAUUGCUACAUCCAGUGACAAAGUGCAAGAAGAAAUAGAAGAAGGAAAAAACCUUAUCUGCCUCCUUUAACUUCAGUGGGGAAAAUACCAGUGCCUGGAUAUUAUUUUUCAGUAUAAUUGACUGGAUAAAGAGAUCCAGUUACCAGUUUCCAGUACCAGUUUCCACCAUUUGUGUGAUUGAGCCCCAUGCAGUCCAGCCCUGAACUACUGAAAUGGUCUUUCUUCCUUGCUGGGCAAUGAGGAUCAAAUAAAGGAUUCUAAGAAAGCAGAAUGUAAAUACUUGGGAAUUUUUUAGUUUCAUUAUAUUAUCAGGACAUUGUGGAAUAUACUAAUCAGAUUGGGGAUGUGAGGAAUCAUGUAUACGUUGGGGAUAGUGUUAUGACAGACAAAUUCUGAUUGAUCGGAUUGCCUUACCCACCUUGGUCACUUUGAAGAAUUUGGAUUUAAAAUAAUAAAAGCCAGCACAUUUUUUCUUAUAUGGAGGAGAAGCCUAUUUUAAUUAGGCUUUGUUUCAAAGGGCUCCCCUGACCUGUGACUAUUUCACCACCACCUGGUUUGGUACCGUAUUUUUCAUUGAGGUGCUUUUUGAUAUUGAACUUCCUUAAAGUACAGUGCCUUCUCGGAAGUGUUGAGAGGAUGGAGAGAGCAAAGCUGACGUAACACAGUUUACACUAAUCUUUAAGCAGUUAAAGUUGAAUCCCUUUCUUCAGCCUGAAACUUACAACACAAGAUGCAUUCCCCUUGUUGUUUAGCAGGUAAAUUAUUUUGGUUUAGACUAUGCACAGAAGCUGUUGUUACACUGGCUUUCACUUGACUCUGAUAAAAUUGUUAGAAAUACCAUUUUACCAUAUGUUCAGCAAAGUAUUUUUACAGCUACUCUGCUUUUGUUUGAAACCCCUGAAAUCCCAAGCAGAUGAUAAUUCCCCACAGCACAGCUUAGCAUUAUCUUGUGAAUGCCAACAGCUGGGAUGGGGCUUCAGACUUCUACAAACGUAGAUCAAAUGUUGGACUUCAACAGUAUUAUUCUUGCUCUUGCCAGUGAAACUUCAUUCCUAGUCUACAGAUCAGUAUGUCUCAUGUUCCAGAGCCAGCUGAGUCCUUAAGAAAUUUAAAUUUUUCAGGAAGUCAUGCCAAAUUCUAAAUGGCUGGGAAGAUCUUUUCCCAUUUUACAAACCACAUGUAGUAUGGAACCUUUUCCAAUUAAAUCAGCAGAAAUAAAACAGACCUUGCCACAAAUGACAUUCCUCUCUCAAAGGCAGUUGGUUGCAUUACUUGUGGUGUCCCAUCACUUACUAGAGCUACUUAUAAAAACAAAUCUUAAAGGUGUUUUAAAAAAAGGAAUGAUGCAACUGUGGCAUAAGAGCAUUGGGAAGAAUUCAUGUGAGAAGUAAUUCUUGUGAAAUUUAAGUGAAUUUUAGACUCCUCUUCUUACCUCAUUAGUGGUAAUGUUUCACAUCAUCCAGUAAUAAUGAUGCUCUCUAUCAUUCUACUGUAUACGUGAGCAGAGAUUCAGGUUUAUCACCAGGUCAGUCCAUCAAAGUGUGCCAUUAGCUAUUUAUAGAUACUAAAAAUUGUUACUCUGCAGGUAGAAGACUAAUUUCCAUACACUCCUCCCUGGUGUUGCAAAAUACACGACUCAUUCAGCAGCCACUACAGCAAGCACAGGGCUAGCCCUGAGCUAGCAAGCGAACACGAGCAGUCCUGGUGUUGGAGCACCGCUUCGGUGCAUGCUGUGCCCCCCAAAUGCUGGCUAGGCCUGGCUGACCUGUGCAGCAAAGCAGGCUCAGCUCCUCAGUGCCCAGCCAGUGCACGUCAGUGCCCACUGCGUGUUCAAGCCACGUGCCAGAUGGAUGCAGAGGUGACUGCUGAGCCACUGUUCAAAAACCAGGAUUAACUUCUGGCAAUAUUAAAAAGGGAUUGUUUUAAUCUAGCCUCUUCUUGCAUCCACCUGUUGCUCCAGCCCACUUCCACCAUAGUCUAGAUUUUAAAACGGGUAAUUUUAUUUUUAAUAUUUAAUUUUAAAAACCAACAACAACAAAACAACAAAGUUAUUGUCUGCAACUAUUUAUGCCAACUAGCUGCACAAAGCAAGAUUUAUUUUAACAGAUUAAAACUACUAGUGCAAACUGGUGUCCGAGGACAGAAAAAAA